AUGAUAAGAACUGCUGGGAUUGAUGGGAUUAAAGAAUUUGGAAUCCCUGCACUAGAUCCUAUGAAUGUAACUAAUGUUUCUGUACAUAUCAUGGAAGGCGUCUCUAUCACUGCUACUCAAGCUUCAGCGAAGGGCAUGACAAAUUGCGUAUUUAAUUCCUUCAAUGUCGAUUGGGAAAAAGAAAGAGCUUUUUUGAAUGUCACGUGUGAUGCUUUAUCUUUCAAAGGGCAAUUCGUAGUCUCUGGUGAAAAUUCAGAUAUACAACGUAUUAUUGGUAGCAAUACUCUAAACGGUCAAGGUAGAGCCAAAGUAAAACUAGAUAACACGAAUUUGAACAUCGAAUACCCAAUGUAUAUGAGAAAGAAAGAUGGUGAGAUUUACCUCAUGAUUUCUAACAAAAAUAUGAAAUUUACAUAUGACAUUGGAAAGGCGCAUUUUAUAACUGAAAAUAUCAUCAUUGGUAACACUGACUUAAGUCAAAUCGUAUCAUCCUAUUUAAAUGAUAACUGGAGGACACUUAUAAAGGAAUUCGGACCUGUAGUAGCGGCCAAAGCACUGGAAUUGUUCGUUGGUCUUAUAGCGAAUAUAAGUGAGGACACCCUAUCAAAAUGCAGCAUAGAAGAUAAAAUAUGUAUGAAAGGAGUAUUUCAACAUAUAAUCCAAAUUGUUGGGAGUACUGGAGUUCAAGAAUCAGGAAUCCCUGCACUAGAGCCUCUGGUUAUAGAUAAGAUGUCUCUAAAUAUCAUCAAAGGCCUCGCUAUCACUGUUGAAGGCUCAGUGAAAGGCAUAACAAACUGCGUAUUUAAUUCCUUCAAUAUCAAUUGGGAAAAAGAAAGAGCUUUAAUGAAUGUCACGUGUGACGCUUUAUCUCUCAAAGGACAAUUCGCAAUCUCUGGUGAAAGUCCAGAGAUACAAAGUAUUAUUGGUAGCAAUACUAUAAACGGUCAAGGUAGAGCUAAAAUAAAAGUAGAUAACGCGAAUUUGAACGUCGAAUAUUCAAUGUAUGCGACAAAGAAAGAUGGUGAGAUUUACCUCAAGGUUUCUAACAAAAAUAUUAAAUAUACAUAUGACAUUGGAAAGCUGCAUUUUAGAACUGAAAAAAUCAUCAUUGCUAACACUGACUUAAGUCAAAUCAUAUCAUCCUAUUUAAAUGAUAACUGGAGGGUAAUUAUGAAGCAAUUCGGACCUAUAAUAAUGGACAAAGUACUGGAGUUGUUCCUUGAUCUUAUAGCGAAUAUCUGUGAUAAGCUUCCAGCCAACAAAUAUAUUAUUGAAGACCUUCAUUCUUACCUCAAAAAU